AUGCUCAAUAAAAUUGAGAAUCUUUGCAAAACAACCAAUUUUCGAUUUGAUAAAAAGUUUCGACUUGAAUUUUUGCCAGUAUCUUUUUAUAACGGUGAAACUGCAACUACGAACAGUAACCUUUGGGAAUUACGUACAAACUUGGAUCCAGUGACUUGGUUUGACUGGAAAUGGAGUCAUCUAUCAUUAUUAUCAUAUGAUAAGCAAAGAGAAUUUCUUGAAGUUGCUCGUAUCUACGUUGACAAGUAUAAAAAUUUUAUAUCGGAAGAAUAUUUAAAUGCACCAAAACAAAUACCAUUGUAUAAGAGUAAUAAAAAUGCUCGAGCUGAUAUUGUUUGCUUCCAUGAAGUGGCAGGACAACAGAAGAACAACGGAAAGUGUGGUCUUUAUAUUUACGAGGAAAAUAUUGCUAUGAUAUUACCCAUUUCCAAAGGUGAGAAAAAAAGAUAUUGA